AUGACUUCCAACCUGAAACGCAAGUGCAAGUUUGAAUGCACAGUCUGCUGGAAAUACCGCGGAUCUACGACGCAAGCUCUCCGACUACACCAAUCUCAUACAGGUUGUGGUGAAGAGCUGAGAAUUCGUACCGAAGCGAACCCCCAACGACGCAAGCCAGUCUGUGGUUUCGGCAACAUAUUUCAAUCUGCCAGUCCGAAACACAAUCAAACGCAAGAUUCUCCUCCACCGGACUUCAGCGGAACACAUGAUUUCCCAACACAUGAUUUCCCAACUCCUAAACGGCGACGAGUUGAGAUGGAAGAGGUAGAAGAUGAGGGUGAUCCUGCGAUUUGUGAUCCACGGCGUUUCAUAUCCGUUGACUUCACGGGUGCUGGAGCGGUCCUUGAGGGUGAUUUUGACACGAGGACCUUUUUCGACAAGCUGAAGGAUGAGAAAAUCGAGAAGGGGGAAACCAUGUGGUUGCCAUUUCAAUCGCGUGAUGAAUGGGAGCUUGCACGCUGGUUAAUGAUGUCCGGUGUUACACACAAUGAUCUUGAUGAACUUCUAAAGCUAUCUAUCGUUCAAAAUGGCAUAGAACCAAGUUUUAGAAAUAAACGUCAAUUCUUCAAGAUAAUUGAUGAGCUUCCAAAGGUUCGAGGGGGUUGGAGGUGCCAGGAGCUAGCGGUUACCGGAAACAUCCUUGAACGGGAUGAAAUUGGAUCUGAAAAGCCCAAAACCGAAGUUCUGGAGCUUUGGAUGCGGGAUCCAGUAGAGUGUAUCCGGGAGCUUAUGCAAGAUCCACGAUUCACAAAUUCCAUGCGUUACGCUCCCGAAAAGGUUUAUACUGAUGCGUCAAUGAGUACUCGUACAUAUAGCGAGAUGUGGACAGCAGAUUGGUGGUGGGCAACGCAGAAACUCUUACCUCAAGGUGCUACUAUCGUGCCGGUCAUUUUAGCCUCCGAUAAAACACAGCUUUCAACAUUUAGUGGCGACAAAUCUGCGUGGCCUGUAUAUCUGACUAUCGGAAAUAUCAGCGCAUCCGUGCGGAAAAAACCAUCAGAAGGAGCCAGUGUUUUGAUUGGCUACAUACCCGUUUCAAAACUGGAAUGUUUCACUUCAGAUGUACGAUCUUUACAGGGUUAUCGCCUCUUCCACGAAAGCAUGCGUAUCCUUCUUGCAUCCCUGGUUGAAGCUGGUGACCCUAUCAAGGGUGGGUUAGAGAUGCUAUGUGCAGACGGAAAUGUGCGGAAGGUAUACCCAUUACUAGCUGCCUACAUCGCCGAUUUUCCGGAGCAAUGCCUUGUUGUUGGUUGCCAGGAGCGGAGGUGUCCGAAAUGUUUGGCAAAGGGAGAUCAGUUGGGUGAUCCCCUUCAUUCCGUCCUACGUGACCCAGAGAAGACACUUGAGGCGUUGAAAGAGUCGGCGAGAGGAAAUCGAGAAAGCGCACAUAGAUAUGGCCUCCGAGACAUUACGCCAUUUUGGAGGGAUCUGCCACUGUGCAAUAUAUUCCACUGCUUCACACCCGACAUUCUACACCAGCUACACAAAGGUGUCUUCAAGGACCAUAUGACUAAAUGGUCAACCGAGAGCGUAUUCCAACCCAAUCAGAGUGCGCGCAAUGCUGAAGUUGAUAUCCGAUUCCAGUCUAUGCCCCGUCAUUCUGACCUCCGACACUUCAAGAAAGGCAUUUCCCUGAUCACGCAAUGGACUGGAAACGAGUACAAGCAAAUGGAGAAGAUACUUUUGGGGGUAAUAGCAGGAGCAGUGCCUCGGGAUGUUGUUGUUUGCAUGCGGGGAGUCCUUGAUUUCAUUCACUAUGCUCAAUUAGAUUUCCAUACAGAUCAUUCCUUGGAGAAAAUGAAAGACGCACUAUGUACUUUCCAUGAUCAUAAGGAGGCGGCCUUCCUUCAUUCUGGCAUCCGUGAACAUUUUAACAUCCCCAAGAUCCAUGCCACAAAGCACUACGUUCCGAUGAUCAAAUCUCAUGGCGUUGCAGGUGGCUUCAACACGGAAUGGUCAGAACGGCUUCACAUCGACUUCGCUAAAAACGCCUACCGAGCUUCCAAUCGAAGGGAGUUCAUCAAGCAGAUGGCAAGGUGGCUUGACCGUCGAGAAUCCAUCCAAUCUUUCGCAAGAUUCCUGAGCUGGUCUCUGGAUGAGCCGGUCAAAGAGAUAACACCACGGAAACACGGCGAGGAAGGCAAUAAUGAGGGAGCAGAGAGAGGCGACGCCGAGUGUGACAGCGACGAUGAACAACUGCCAUCAAUCAACAAACAUCCUCUGGAAUCCACGUGCUUUUUUGCCAAACGUCCACCACUAUUGGUCGACCUUUCCACACUGGAGAACGACUAUGGUUGCGAUCGGUUUGUUUAUUGCCUCGAGAAGUUUCUUGUUGACAGAAGAAUGAGAAGGGAUGAUUAUUGGGACACACGACCUGGCCGAUACGAAGUCUACAAACGAUUCCAAAUUUCUGUUCCCCCUAUUCCCGAGGUUCCUUCCAAGACAUUCACCGACACCGUUCAUGCUACACCUUCCUCCAAGCACAAUCAUCAACAUGUACCUGCUCGUUUCGACACCGUACUUGCACAAGAGAAAUUAGACGAAGAUAGUCAUGCAGUUGGGCUCAAAGGUGACUUGAUUUGUGGUUACUGUUUAUGUUCCAAGCUCAUCUCCAAAUCGGAGGUCUGCGGGUUGGACAGGUUCGCGCCAUCUUCACUCUUCCAGAUAGCCUCGGCUUCUUCCCCCUUCCCCUAG